CUUCAGUCAACCGUUUUCCGUCGGCAGUCGCGCGUCGUCCCGUCUCGCCGUUGCCGUCCGUCCGCCGUCGUUUACGCGGUUUUCCGUUUUCGCCGAUUUCGCGCAGUGCGUCCCGCGUGAUCCGUGCUUUUGAUCGGACGCAAUAGUGCCGCCGCGGUAUGAAUAAGUGAAUCGUGUUUUUUCUUCUCACCGCAUUCCUGCCGAAAAAUGCUGGGAGUUUUCAAAAAACGGUGGAAGCCCAAAAGCAGGGUGACGAAAAGUGAAAACGGGGAUGAUCUGAUGUUGAGUUGUGGUAACGAAUACUCUGAACCGAUCAAUGCUUACGUGCUUCCGGACUCUCGUAUCGCCAAAUUAUGUUCGACCAGACAAAUGUUUCCGGUGUGUGAUAACAACUCACAUUAUUCAGUAACAUACGAAACACUAAAGCCGGUGUUAGUGCCGUCGGAUACGGCAUCUGUAGGAUAUGGAAAACUGGAAACUGUGCCGCCACCUAUUGGUGGAGCUUCGGGAAAAAUGGCGUCCAUCAACGGAGGAAAUACAACUACCCCUAAUAUUUGUAUCGAGGGUGGUCGCAUAGAAUUUGUGAAGUCUCCAAUAGAUUGCGGUGAUGAAAAACAAGACUACUUGAAGGAGUAUAUGGAAGCGAAAAUCGUGCAACUGGAAUCUGAGUUGGUCGCAGAACGGCGAAUCACGCAGAGGGAGAGGACGCUAAACUCCAAGCUUCAAAAACAAUUAGCUCGGCGUGAGUGGUUGCAGAUGGAUGUGGACAGAGAGAGAAGACUGCGCCUGGACACGGAGGCGAGACUCAAGGGUUCCAGUUCCGAGGCAGACAGAUGCCGCGUCAAGCUGUCGACUCUGCAAAAAGACUUCACCAAGUGAGUUUUUUUUUUGCAUUAUUAUUAUUAUAAGCAUGGCCUGUCAUCGUUUUGAUUUUUCCUGAUGAUCGCCCCCAUCUACACAGCAUAUAUUGUGGUAACUCGACGUUGUAUAGUAGGUAAGCUUCCGAGUAAGAGCAAAAGUCGGCGCACUUCAAACUGACAAUCGCUUUGACCGUUAUAAUACGGUACUUACUACGCACGUCUAUGUGAACAUAAUACAAUUUGUGAAUGUAUAAAUAUGUAGAG